UUGGAGGAGCUCAAAGUUAAAGGCUCCUACUAAAAAUCAGUACGUUUCAUUUUGCAGUUACUGGGAGGGGGCUUGCUGUGGCCCCAUCUGGGAUAGCUGAGCCCUGGUCCAGCCCCGCGCAGGGAGGGAGCCUGUCACCAUGCCGGCCUGCUGCAGCUGCAGUGAUGUUUUCCAGUAUGAGACCAACAAAGUCACCCGGAUCCAGAGCAUGAAUUAUGGCACCCUUAAGUGGUUCUUCCACGUGAUCGUCUUUUCCUACGUUAGCUUUGCUCUGGUGAGUGACAAGCUGUACCAGCGGAAAGAGUCUGUCAUCAGUUCUGUGCACACCAAGGUGAAAGGGAUAGCAGAGGUGAAAGAGGAGAUCAUGGAGAACGGAGUCAAGAAGCCGGUGCACCAUGUCUUUGACACCGCAGACUACACCUUCCCAUUGCAGGCCUUGCAUUGCCUUAGGGUCUCCUCCUCCACAGGGGAACUCUUUCUUCGUGAUGACCAACUUUCUCAAAACGGAAGGCCAGGAGCAGGGGUUGUGUCCUGAGUAUCCCACCCGCAGGACGCUCUGUUCCUCCGACCGGGGUUGUAAAAAGGGAUGGAUGGACCCGCAGAGCAAAGGAAUUCAGACCGGAAGGUGUGUAGUGUAUAAAGGGAACCAGAAGACCUGUGAAGUCUCUGCCUGGUGCCCCAUUGAGGCCGUGGAAGAGGCCCCCCGCCCUGCACUCUUGAACAGUGCUGAAAACUUCACUGUGCUCAUCAAGAAUAAUAUCGACUUCCCUGGCCACAACUACACCACGAGAAACAUCUUGCCAGGUUUAAACAUCACUUGUACCUUCCACAAGACUCAGAAUCCACAGUGUCCCAUUUUCCGACUAGGAGACAUCUUCCGAGAAACAGGAGAUAAUUUUUCAGAUGUGGCUAUUCAGGGCGGAAUAAUGGGCAUUGAGAUCUACUGGGACUGCAACCUAGACCGCUGGUUCCAUCACUGCCGUCCCAAAUACAGCUUCCGUCGCCUUGAUGACAAGACCACCAACGUGUCCUUGUACCCUGGCUACAACUUCAGAUAUGCCAAAUACUACAAGGAAAACAAUGUUGAGAAACGGACCCUGAUAAAAGUCUUCGGGAUCCGUUUUGACAUCCUGGUUUUUGGCACCGGAGGAAAAUUUGACAUUAUCCAGCUGGUUGUGUACAUCGGCUCAACCCUCUCCUACUUCGGUUUGGCCACUGUGUUCAUUGACUUUCUCAUCAACACUUACUCCAGUAACUGCUGUCGCUCCCAUAUCUAUCCCCGGUGCAAGUGCUGUCGGCCCUGCAUGGUUAAUGAAUACUACUACAGGAAGAAGUGCGAGUCCAUCGUGGAGCCAAAGCCGACAUUAAAGUAUGUGUCCUUUGUGGAUGAAUCCCACAUUAGGAUGGUGAACCAGCAGCUCCUAGGGAGAAGAUUGCAAGAUGUCAAGGGCCAAGAAGUCCCAAGACCUCCAGUGGACUUCACAGACUUGUCCAAGCUGCCCCUGGCCCUCCAUGACCCACCCCCUACUCCUGGACAACCAGAGGAGAUGCAGCUGCUUAGAGAGGAGGCGACUCCUAGACCCAGGGACAGCCCAGUCUGGUGCCAGUGUGGAAGCUGCCUCCCAUCCCAACUUCCAGAGAGCCACAGGUGCCUGGAGGAGCUAUGCUGCCGGAAAAAGCCGGGGGCCUGCAUCACCACCUCAGAGCUGUUCAGGAAGCUGGUCCUGUCCAGGCACAUCCUGCAGUUCCUCCUGCUCUACCAGGACCCCUUGCUGGCGCUGGAUGUGGACUCCACCAACAGCCAGCUGCGGCACUGUGCCUACAGGUGCUACGCCACUUGGCGCUUCGGCUCCCAGGACAUGGCUGACUUUGCCAUCCUGCCCAGCUGCUGCCGCUGGAGGAUCCGGAGAGAGUUUCCCAAGAGUCAAGGGCAGUACAGUGGCUUCAAAAGUCCUUACUGAAGCCAGAUGCGUGGCUCAUGCGUGUAAUCCCAGCACUUUGGGAGGCCAAGGCAGGCAGAUCACCUGAGGUCAGGAGUUGGAGACCAGCCUGGUUAACAAGGCAAAAUCCCAUCUGUACUAAAAAUACAAAAAUUAGCCAUGGAUAGUGGCACGUACCUGUAAUCUCAGCUACUUGGGAGGCGGAGGCACGAGAAUCACUUGAACCUUGGAGGCGGAGAUUUCAGUGAGCCAAGAUUGCGCCACUGCACUCCAGCCUGGGAGAUACAGCAAACCCUGUCUCAAAAAAUAAAACUAAAGUCCUUACUGACAGCAGGGGGCUGCAGUAGCCACAUUAAUAUGACCUUUGCUAGCAUCUUGAACAUCCCCUGCAAAGCUCUGUGGCCACAUUUUCACCCAGAAGGGAAAUGUGCUUUCAUCUUCUGUAGCACUCUGUGUCUGAGAGCAAAGUAACCUGGUUAAACAAACCAGAAUCCCUCUGCCUGGACACAGAGCAGACAGAUUCAGAUGUAAGUCUCAACUCUGUCCCUAGGAAGCUGUGUGUGGCCCUAGUCCUCUCACCUCUGCCUCCGUUUCCCCAUUGCCCAACUACUAUCUCAGAGAUACUGUGAGGAUAAAUUAAGUGUACAUGAACUGUCUCGUUAAUGUGUAAAGAGCUAUGUGAAUGCAAAACAUUUCAUUAUGAGGUCAGACUAGGAUAAUGUCCAACUAAAAACAAACCUUUUUGGUUAUGGUUGGAGAAUGUGGAGGACUAAAGGUGGCCACAAAUACUUUGACACUCAAAUCCCCCAGGACCUAAGGGUCUUAUCUCCUCCCCUUGAGUAUGGGUGGCUCUGAUUGUUUUAUCCAAAAGUGAAAGUGAUGUUGUGCUGGUUUCAGAUCUUGGUCUUAAGAGACUGACAGCUGCUACUUCCUGUCCCUUGGAACUCUUGCUACCGGGGAUGCCAGACUCUAUUUAAAAGUCUGUCUACCCUGGUCGGGUGUGGUGGCUCAAGUUUGUAAUCCCAGCACUUUGGGAGGCUGAGGAGGGCCGAUCACUUAAGGACAGGAGUCCAAGACCCAACUCUCCAACAUGGUGAAACCACAGCUCUACUGAAAAUACAAAAAUUAGCUGGACAUGGUGGUAGGCACCUGUAGCCCUAGCUAUCAAGAGGCUGCGACAGGAGAAAUGCUUGAACCUGGGAGGUGGAGGCUCCACGGAGCUGAGAUCAUGCCACUGAACUCCAGGCUGGGUGACAGAGCGAGACUCCAUCUCAAAAAAAAAAAAAAAUGUCUGCCAAUCCUGAGACCGCCCUGCUAUGAGGAAGCCCAAGCAGCCAUGUGGAAAUGCCUGACCAGCCCCAGCUUUCAGGCCAUCCAAGCUUGGUCACCAAACGAGAGAGAAGAAGUCUUCAGGUGAUUCUGGACCCUGCUAACAUAUGACCGACACUGCAUGAUACAUCCCAAGUAAGAACUUCUCCAUAAAUCUAGAAAAUCA